AUGGCCCACGUUUCACUACAUGACCCGAACCCUGGUUUCGGACGAAUUUCGCUUCUCGAUGUCGUCAAGACCCUUGGAGCCCUAGGCGCCGUGUCGCUUCAGGCUAUCUUCUUCCUCCUCGGUCAAUUUUUUCGUCGCUCAAGACCGACGCCACGGUUAAAAGAAUUCAAGAUCUUUCUUUUGCGAAAGAUGCUAGGUUGGCUGCCCAAUUCGAUUCUUCGACGCCCCACAGACAUCAACCAUAUUCUGGCCUCCAAACGCUACGGCCAGCGCGUCGCCCGGCUGGUGGAAAAAGUGGACAGGCCGGACCUUAGUGGUGUAUGGCUCUGUAAGCCCGGGUUUGAGAGCGUGGACAGCGCAAAUGCGCCGUCGUCGGCUGAUGUGGUCAUAUUGUUCGCUCACGGCGGGGGUUACGUCAUCGGCCAACCGGGCUUGUACGCCACCCUUCUUCUCCAUGUGGCCGAGAGAAUCGUGGCAGAGGGCCAGACCGUUGCUGUCUUUGCUCUGGACUACUCUCUUGCCCCAGAGAGUCCAUUUCCCAGCCAGCUACGACAGAUGGUGGCAUGCUGGGAGUACUUGGUGGGUGAAAUGGGUAUCUCGACUUCAAAAUUGGCCUUAUUAGGAGAUUCGGCCGGGGGAUCUCUUUGUCUCUCUUUUUUGGCGCAUAUGGCGAGUCCGCUAGCCAGGGUUCCAGCAGUGAGUGACCGUACACACCCGGGGCGGGGUCUUUACCUUAUGAGUCCGUGGGUGAGCCUUCUUAGCGAACGAGGCUAUGCUGCAAAGGCGACCACAGAUGCUCUUGAAAUCGGGAAGCUGCGUCAGUGGGCAUCAAUGGAGAUAGGAGGAGCGGAUAUUUCUGAGGUACAUACGUACCUUGACUUUGCGGGUGGACGGGAAGACCUGGCAGAUAUUCUUCCAUCGUAUACGUGGGUAUCUGCAGGAGGAGGGGAAAUGUUUCUGGAAAAUAUCUCGAGAUUCGUGUCCGUCGCCAGAGCUGCAGGACGGAAGGUUGAUUUUGACGUCAAGGACGGCGAAGCGCAUGAUUGGCAGCUGAUGGAAUCGGUGCAGCUUGAGAAGAAAUUCCUGGCGCAAGAGUUCGGGACGGGGGUGAUGGCUGGUGCUGACGGAAUUGCCAAGGCCAUUGUCGCCACAGGGGCUUUUUAG